CUUUGUACAAUAUGACGUCAUAGAAUACUGACGUCAUAUAUAGUUGCAGACAAGAUGGCGACAUGUCGAGGGUAAACAAAUAGCGAUCAGUGACCAUGGAACACUGCUUGCUACGUUACAAGGCAGUGAGAGAUGCAUGCCAGGCAGAACUUUGCAAACAAACUAAAUUUUUAAAAAAAUGGCAAACAGUCAACGAAAGACAACUCAAUCAGGAGGAGCACGCGAUGAGAAUGCAGCUGGAACGCCUACAAAAAGACAAAGCUAGGUAUUCAAUGGAAGCUGAAGCAAACGAACAGUAUGAAGGAAAGAGAAGAUUUUCUGAGUCGGACAGUCACAAUGAACACUUCCGGCGGCACAGUUUCUCGUCGCAUUUGCCAAACAUAGCGGGAAAGAGAAGUUUUCAUUCAAGAGAAGUGCUCCAAAGUGCGCCCAAAAGUCACCGUCAACUGAAAAUGGAAUCGGUAGCACAGGCACAAGCUUCGCAGUGUUCCAUCCAAGAGGUUUCGAAAGACUCAACGGGUCACGUGACGAAACUUCCGAAAAUUCAAAAAGAUGUUGACAAACAUCGAGAUCGGAGAAAAUCUAUGCCAGCAGACAGUGUUUAUGCGAGUAUAGAGCGACGACAUCAUGGCGAUAAACGGAAGAAGAAACAACAUGCAGGGCCAAUGAUUGUUGUAACAGACUGUGCCUGCAGUCCCGAGGCCGAUAUUAUUCUAUCAAUGGAUGAUCAUAAUGAUCAAGAUGGACAUGACGCCAAAGCAAGCUACCAUUAUCUGGAUGGGUUACAACACGGGGGUAGUAAGAAAAGUGUCGAUUCGGUUGCCAGAGGGAGCCACCAUUACAUGGAUCAUGACGCCAGAGGGAGCCACCAACAUCUAGAUCAGUUACAUCACGUAGGUGGUAGGAGAGGGAGCCACCAUUACACGGAUCACCAUGAUCACGAUACAGAGGAACUGACGACACUAUACGAUAUGGCCAUACAGACGGUGGCUUCUGCUAAUGAAUUCGCCUUCACUCAAGUUCAGGAUGUCCACAAGCGCGCCAUGCCAAACUGGAAGGACGAAACUAAAAUUCCGGAUGCAAAACAAAUGGAUUUAUCAUCUCUACAGGAACUUGAGACAUUGUUAAAGGAUGCUCGCCAGUAUAAUACAAGGAAGCAAAAGGAGUCGGACUAUGGUCUACACACGGCGGAGAACCGGCAGCAGAGGCGCAGGCUUCAGUUCCUAGAGGAAAUUCUCCAGGCGUUAAGUGACAACCAUGGCGCCAAGUUUGAUCCUAUGGAGAUGCUACAGUGUGGCUACCUCAGAUUGUCAAAGUCCAACGUCGAACGACUCGAGCAUAUGGUCCGUGAGUCUGGUGUCGAUCCUGGUAUCCAUGCACACAGUGACGUCUUAAAUGAAGACAUCUGGAACGAGCUGCGGGAACUACGUCAGAAAGAAGCCUUGGAGAGGGAACAACUUGAGAAAGAAGUCGCCGGAAGAAAGAGCAGACACAGUGCUAGGAGAGGUAGUGUGAACAGAUACCGUGAAGAGAAAUAACACUGGUCAUAACAUCCUCACUUCUGAAGUGUUGACCUGAAACAUCAAAACAGUCCCCGGAUGAUGUCACUAUUCCUGUUAUUUGAGCCACUGGUUAAUUUUUGUUUUCUUCGAGUGCUGAUACUGAUCAAAAUGUCGUAAAACCCACAUGAGAAAAAAAAAAAAAAAAAUGAAGAA